GGCACGAGCAAGUUCUACACAUGCGGUAGCGAAACUCUCAUUCAAGCUGAGACGUGUUUGAAUUCGAAAAGACGGAUUUAUUCUACAUCGAAUCUGGCAGUCUUCAAUAGCUUUUUUUUAAAAUUCCAACGUAAGGCAGCUUUUUUGACAGGGAUAUAUUUCAUUAGUUUAUUUUUUCAUUAUCCCGCGCGCGCUAACGAUACGGUCUGUGCGCGCUUUAAUUAGCUUACUGGCUAGCAAGCACCAUUCUUCCCGGGACUGACAACUGCAACGUGUGGAUGUACCCCUGCUCAUCUGCAGUUACAGUUGCACAAUGGCUGUCAUUUCACUCUGCUUGAUAGCUCAGCGCCCAAAGAACAGCAACAGAUCUAGUAUAAUUACAGGAUAGCAAUAAGCCCACAUACCUCUGUUUACCUUAAUUGUUUUCUGGUCAGUCCCAGAUAAACCUUUUACAAGUUUGCACUGCUUAAUCUCAGAAAUCCUGUUAAGACAGGUGGACCUGAAGAGAAGUUAAUUAUUUAUUAUACCUUGUACCUCUUUAUUUUACUAGCUGCUGUCUAGAAAUAGCAUUAUAUAAAUAAAUAUUUUUGACAGGCAUUCAUUCCCUUUAAGAUUGUGAAGCAAUUCCUAAAUAGUCUACAAUCAUGGUUUCAACAACUGCAACUGCUAUAAUAGUGGCCACCACAGCAGGGCUGGUGGCCCAUACUGCUCUCAUAGAGUAUAUGUGGCUGCUGAUUGUUGGCUUCAUCAUCGCCUUCAUCUUAGCCUUUUCCGUGGGUGCCAAUGAUGUUGCCAACUCAUUUGGCACAGCUGUGGGCUCUGGAGUGGUCACCUUGCGACAGGCCUGCAUUCUGGCCACCGUGUUUGAGACUCUGGGCUCUGUGCUCCUUGGGGCCAAAGUGAGCGAAACCAUCCGUAAGGGUAUCAUCGACGUGGGCAUGUACAAUGGCUCUGAGCAUGUGUUAAUGGCUGGAUCUGUCAGUGCUAUGUUUGGUUCUGCUGUGUGGCAGCUGGCCGCCUCCUUCCUUAAGCUCCCCAUUUCUGGAACACACUGCAUUGUUGGUGCUACUAUCGGCUUCUCGCUAGUUGCCAAAGGCCAGCAGGGAGUUAGGUGGUUUGAACUCCUCCGUAUUGUUGCUUCCUGGUUCCUGAGUCCCCUUUUGUCUGGAAUAAUGUCAGGCAUUGUUUUUUACUUUGUGCGCAUGUUCAUCUUACACAAGAAAGACCCCGUGCCUAAUGGACUGAAGGCCCUGCCUGUCUUCUAUGCCGUGACCAUGGGAAUCAACCUGUUCUCCAUCAUGUUCACUGGAGCUCCGAUGCUGGGAUUUGACAAGGUCCCUUGGUGGGGCAUCCUGCUCAUCUCACUGGGCUGUUCUGUGCUGACUGCUAUUGUGGUCUGGUUUAUUGUCUGCCCUCGCCUCAAGAAGAAGAUUGAACGAGAUAUCAAGUCUUCCAGCCCCUCUGAGAGCCCCCUGAUGGAGAAGAGGGAGCUAAGAGAGGCCCACUGUCCAAUCCUGAAACAGACUGCAAAGGACACAUCUAUGCCUACCACCCCAGCUGUCAGUCAAAACCUCGCUGCUCAGCCCCAGGCUCCUGCUGAGGAGCGCAGGGUGGCGUUUGACAUCGGAGAUUCUGACGAUGUUGAAAAUAAUAAGGAACGCAAGGUGGCAUUUGAUAUUGGAGAUUCUGAUGACAGCGAGUACAGCAAUGCAAAUGGGGCCCCUAAACAGGUUCAAUCAAACAGUCAGGUCCAGGUCCACAACCAGCAGGCUCAGCACAGCAAUGGUUCCACAACAGCUUCCAAUCAGGUCCAGUUCAAUAAUCAGGUUCAGUUCAACAAUAGGCCAGCACAGAUGCCAAGCAACGGUUACAGCCAGUACCACACGGUCCACAAGGACUCCGGACUCUACAAGGACCUACUGCACAAGCUCCACCUGGCCAAGGUUGGUGACUGCAUGGGUGAGGGGGGCGACAGACCUAUCCGGCGCAACAACAGCUACACCUCCUACACCAUGGCCAUCAUUGGCAUGCAUGGAGACUUCAAGCAUAAAGAAGGUGAAUUCCGUGCUAGCGAGGAUGGCGACAAGGGCGCAGGGUCUGGCAGUCAGGAAAGGAAGCGUGUGCGUAUGGACAGUUAUACCAGCUACUGCAACGCUGUGGCAGAGCACACGACUCCUGAGGGGCUGGGAGAGGGAGAGGUGACACUAGAAAUGGGGAAAGAGGAUGCAGGUAGCAGCCAAAGCUCUUUGGAUGAAGAUGGGCUUGAGUCGGACAAACCAGAAGUCUCAACUCUCUUCCAGUUCCUCCAAAUUCUCACUGCCUGUUUUGGAUCCUUCGCUCAUGGUGGAAACGACGUCAGUAAUGCCAUUGGACCGUUGGUAGCACUGUGGCUGGUUUACACAACAAGCAGCGUGACUUCAAAUGAACCUACACCCAUUUGGCUCCUGUUGUAUGGUGGCGUGGGCAUCUGUGCUGGACUCUGGGUGUGGGGCCGCCGAGUGAUUCAGACCAUGGGCAGGGACCUUACGCCUAUCACCCCCUCAAGUGGUUUCAGCAUUGAACUGGCCUCAGCCCUGACUGUCGUGGUAGCCUCUAACAUUGGCUUGCCUGUUUCCACCACCCACUGCAAGGUGGGCUCUGUGGUUGCAGUAGGAUGGCUGCGUUCAAGGAAGGCAGUAGACUGGCGUCUGUUCAGAAACAUCUUCAUGGCGUGGUUUGUGACCGUGCCCAUCUCUGGUCUGAUCAGUGCUGCCAUAAUGGCCAUCUUCAUCUAUGGCAUCCUGUGAGCAUUCAGCUACACCCCAAGCAGGGGAGGAGAAAGAAAGCGCUCCAGUGCGCACCGGGAGAAAAAGGAGUAAAGUUGGAAGGCCAAAAUAUAUCGCUUACCUCAAGCCAACAACUUCAGAAGAAAAAGGAAAAAAAAUAGAAAUGUUGACAGGACUUGUGAUAUGGGCCUGUGGUUCUUGGCUGCAUCAUUUUCAACCUAGAAUUUGCUGUUCGUUCCAUCUGGGCCACAUCACUUCCAGUGGGAAGCUUGCAUUUCUUUGUUCUGACUUGCUUUUUCAUUUCACAUCAUUCUGUAAAGAUUUAAUCAAAAAUCAUUGACUGAUUUUUUUUUUUUUGUUCUAAUACUCAUUCUUACAUUUUUUUUUACUUUGAAAUUAUGUAUAUACAACCAUGCUAUUUUUAAUUUUGUUUUACACGUUAGAAAGAAAUGAACAAUUAAAAUGCAGUAUUAGCCUUUUGCAGAUGUAACUCCAGUCAUAACACAUGCUGAAAGUAAUGUAGAUGAAAAAGCAGUAUUUUUAGGUGAAAAAUGAGGUUAUUGGUGUGUAUGUGUGUUUUCCCCAAUUCCAAGUAUCUAUUAUUAAUGAAUUCACAUUUUAUAUCUGGCUUGGUUUUAUCCCCUAAUUUAGACAUUUUUUUUCCACUGUUAUAGAACAAAAUUGACUUUCAGCUAACUGUAAAUUUCUAGAGGCUGGUGAACACAUUUUCUACCAUACUGAGGAAUUAAUUCAGUCACGUUCACAGCACUGCAGUUUGUCUUUAUGACACACAAUCAUCUGAAUAAUUUACUGUGGUAGAAGCACUAAUUGUAAACACUGGAUGACCACCUGCAAAAUGAUAUGAGAAAUACUGUAUCAUUAGCAUAAAAAGUCAGCACACUUCUGGUAGGAAAUGACAACGCCCUAAUCGUUAAAGUUAAUGGAUAAUGUGUUAUCCAGUUCUUUAAUUAGAAUCUCCUGAGGCUCUACAUUCUUGAUCAGUGUAGAAUGAACUGCCUGAAAUAUCUUGGUUACUUGAAUUUGAGAAUUGUAACAGCAGAAUGUCAACUAAUGCAAAAACGCACUCUCAGACAAGACCUUAAGUCUCCUGUUCAAACUUGAUUGCGUCAUCAAUGGUUAAAUGCUUUAGUCCUGCUUCAGCCUUGUUUUUCUAGUUCACCUUGUGUCAGCCACUUCUCAGUUUGGUUUUUCUGGAAUGGCACCUGUCCUAGACAGCUGGGUUGCUCUAGUGUUCCUCUUUCUCCCUCAGCCUGAUAAGCUGAAUUAAAGGUUUUAAGUGAGGAGGAACAGGAACUUAAAAACUAGAAGUUAUCUAACUGGGUGGUUUGGUGUUGAGUUGAUCUGGUCUUUCUGUUUGAACAAGGGCGCACAUACGUGGCAUGCCACCAGUGUGUGGUCUUUUGGCUGCAGUACUAAAUGCAUUUCAGACCUAUAGAUGCUGUAGUUGCCUUAAUUGUUUUAUUUUCCCUUAGCUACCAAAGAAGAGUUGUUUUGUUCUUUUCUUUUUUUUUAAUGCACAUCAACAUACUAUGAUCCACAUAUGUGGAUGAAUAAAACAAAAACAAAUUAAAAAUAAAAAUGGGAAAUACU